CGGCCGUUGGUGGGCAUGCUCCCUGAGUUUGGCCCCGCACCGGCAUGGCGGCCGCCUUCCCUGGGGUGACUUUAAUGCUUGUGGCUUUGCGGUUGUGAGCGGCCGGCUCCGAGUGCAGACGCACCGAAGAGCUUGUGCGAGGUGAAGCCGAGGAGACCUGCACCCGUCCCCGGCCGGGCUCUCGUGCGCCAGGGAAGAAAACAUGGCUGAGGGCGAGCGGCAGCCGCCGCCAGAUUCUUCAGAGGAGACCCCUUCAGCCACUCAGGACUUUAUCAUUCCAAAAAAGGAGAUCCAUACAGUUCCAGAUAUGGGCAAAUGGAAGCAUUCUCAGGCAUAUGCUGACUAUAUUGGCUUCAUUCUUACACUCAAUGAAGGCGUGAAAGGGAAGAAGCUGACCUUCGAAUACAAAGUCUCUGAGGCCAUUGAGAAGCUGAUGGCUCUUCUUAACACACUGGACAGGUGGAUUGAUGAGACCCCUCCGGUGGACCAGCCCUCUAGAUUUGGGAACAAGGCCUACAGGACCUGGUAUGCCAAACUCGACCAGGAAGCAGAAAACUUGGUGGCCACAGUGGUCCCCACUCACCUGGCAGCUGCUGUUCCUGAAGUGGCUGUUUACCUGAAGGAAUCAGUGGGGAACUCCACACGCAUCGACUAUGGCACAGGACACGAGGCCGCCUUUGCUGCUUUCCUCUGCUGUCUCUGCAAGAUUGGGGUGCUCCGGGUAGACGACCAAGUAGCUAUUGUCUUCAAGGUGUUCGACCGGUACCUUGAGGUUAUGCGGAAACUCCAGAAAACAUACAGGAUGGAACCUGCCGGCAGCCAGGGAGUGUGGGGCCUGGAUGACUUUCAGUUUCUGCCCUUCAUCUGGGGAAGUUCCCAGCUUAUAGACCACCCAUACCUGGAGCCCCGGCACUUUGUGGAUGAAAAGGUCGUGAAUGAGAACCACAAAGACUACAUGUUCCUGGAAUGUAUCCUGUUCAUCACUGAGAUGAAGACUGGUCCAUUUGCAGAACACUCCAAUCAACUCUGGAACAUCAGUGCUGUGCCCUCCUGGUCCAAAGUGAACCAGGGUCUCAUCCGCAUGUAUAAGGCAGAGUGCCUGGAGAAGUUUCCUGUGAUCCAGCACUUCAAGUUUGGGAGCCUGCUGCCCAUCCAUCCUGUCACAUCUGGCUAGGAGGGGCUGAGCCAUCAGAGCUACCCAGGCCAGGUUCCUGUGCCCUCUCUGACCUGACAACCCACCCACCCUUUCUCUGUUCUUUCUGUUUGAUGAGAGGCUGUUUAAUGGGGUGGUGUAGGGUGGGGUGGUGAGACUGAAGGGUUUGAGUGAGUUGGGAGAAGUGACCAAAGUGGCCAGUUUCUGACUGUCCUUCUCGUGGGCAGAUACGAAAGGGACUGGGUCCCAGUCCUAGGCACCCCACCCCUUUUCCUGGCCCUUCCCACCCUCCUCUCCUGCCCAGUCCCUGUUGAGACCAGGGCAUCUUGCUGUUUCCUUUGCUUUUCCUCCUUGUCCCAGUGAUGCCUUGCUAAGGGUCAGGGUUUCUGCUCCUCCAGGGGUGGGUCAGUUUCCCAAGCCAUGUUCCAGUGGGUGUGAGGCUGGUGGUAGCUAUGGGGAGGGUCAAUGUGGGGUGGAGGCAUAGGGGUUAGUGAAGGGGCUGUGGCUGUUGGGGCUGGCCCUCUCAAAGUGUCUCCCUAGGUCCCUAGGGGACCUGUACCCAGACCCUCAUCCUGUCUUAUUCCCUGGCCCUUGGCUUUGCCAGGUUUUUCUGGCCAUUGCCACACCUUCUCCCUACUUCCCAGGGAUAGUCUAAGCUCUAAAAACUGCCCUUUGGGUAGUCCUUGGGCUCCUGGAAGAGCUCAUCUGACUGGGUGGGGGCUGUCUUUCCAGAACUGUCCCUAGCAAGCAGAGGAUGUGAGACACUCAGGGAGGUCCUGGGGUCAUGGUAUCUGUAGAGAGAGCCUGGUUUCCUCCAGACAGUCUCAGGCCAGGACACUGCUGCUACCUCCUUGCCGCUUCCAACUUCAUUUGAGGCUGAGGCCUGCUGCUCUGCUCUGUUAGUGCAGCUGGUGUGGGAGAGCAGGGGAGGCAGCAGCCCCCUACUCCCUUCUCCCACCUCCCUUUAUAGGCUGAGGUAAGUGACACCCCCCUCCCCCCCCCCCCACCUCAGCAUAGACUCUUAAGCAUGGGCUAGGCUCCUGGUCAUAGCUCAUCAGUACCAGUGUUUUUUUAGUGCUAUCGCUAGGCUGGUGCCUGCAGAUUCCUCUGUUCCACCCAGGCCUGUCCUCCACUGUCCCCUUCUGUGUCUGGGUCCACAGAACCUUUGGGCAGAGGGUACUAAGAAGCACAACCGAGGGGCUUAAGCCAGGGACUGGCAAUGGUCUGGGCAAAACUGGGACAGGAGCCAUCAGAGUCAGAUAGUUUUCCGAGUGGCCCAGCAUCAGCCUCCCUCCCAGGGCCAAACCAUAGCCAUCCUGGCUCCACCCAUGCCCCUGGGCCCCAAGCCCUGCGCCUUCAUUGCUGUACAGAUUAAAGCCUCUGUUUUGCACCUGUAA